GUUGCUAGCGUGGAGACAGGGGCUGACGUUCAAAGCGGCGUCUGCAGUCGGAUAGGAUGCUGAGUGCGUAUGUGAUUCUCCCCGACCAGUAGAGUUCACGAAGUGGUGGCAAACUAACCUCCAACAGGAUAAACAUGGCCGUGCCGAGUUUUGCCAAGACAGUGUGGUUGAUGACGGUGUUGCUGUCCAUCACUUCGGCCCGAGAGUCCUGCCCGGCUUCGGCACCGCUGCAGGACCGAGUCCGCAGGACACCCGUCGUCUUCCAUGGUCUCGCAGUACGAGCUGAUACUCCUCCUCAGGGUCUACAGUACUCUGCGCAGUUCUGGCUCAUCAAGGUCUACAAGGGAUCUCAGUCUCUCGCUCAGUUCUUCCAUCUCGACCCUCACCAGCAGGAUUCUCUCGAUAUACGAGACAGACGGGUGAAUGUGACAGGAUUCUUGAGGCCGGAGGGCAACGCGACAUCUGACUGCUGGCCAUCCUUGGCCGCCCAGAAGUAUUACAUAGUCUUGGCGGCGGUGGUCGGAAAACAUUUGGUCGCCAAAGAGGACACAUCUGGGGCUCUUAUAGACUGGUCUGCGACCACAGAGAAGGAUGUUUGGAACGGAGUUGGCUGGAGUGAGUGGACAGACUGGACUGCCUGCAGUGCCUCCUGUGGGGAGGGAUCUCAGCACAGACUUCGCCACUGUCUACAAGGUGGCUGUGAAGGCUGCAACAAGCAGUCCCGGAGAUGCAACAUGUUUUCAUGCCAAGGGGUCGUAUCGCCGCUGUUGAUGGACCAGAAGCGGUACCUGCACGGCCAGUGGGGCAGAUCCCCGGACCGCCAGACCGCCUGGAGACUGCGGCCCAGUGCCUACCUGUGGCUACCUGCUGCAGAGUUGCCAACCUCAGUACACCACUUGCGGAAACACUUCGCAGUUCUCAUCACCGUUAGGUUGAACCCGAAGGAACCUGCAGCAGGGACUCUGUUCAGCCUGAGAUCACGGCGUCAGCAGAACUCUUACCUCAGCGUGGAGUUGGCCGGUAAGGAGGUUGUGAAACUUGUGCACUCCGGACCCAACGGCACUCAGACCGUAAUGAUACCUGCGUCUUUGGCUGAUGGUCAUUGGCACCAGUUGGCUAUCGGGGUUCAACAGGAUAGCUCCGUCCGCAGUUACCUCGACUGUGAAUGGAUAUCCACAGACAUCCUGAGGCGAGGCUCUCUAGACAUCCCUGAGGACGCUGACGUCAUUAUUGGCUACUUGUUCUCGGGAGAUCUCGAGCAGCUGGUGUUAGUAGCAGACCCUGCAGCAGUCAGUCAGCAAUGUUCCCCCUCCCUGCAGUCCAUCUCAGACCCUUAUCCUGCGGGCGACCAACAACAACGUCGCAGGACGGAGCCGAAGGAUGUAUGGUACUCGAAAGAAGAUAAUGAGAUAUGGCAGGAUGAUGAUGAGGAUAUGAGUGAGGGGAGCGGUUCUGACUCAUCUCUCGAGAAGUACGAAUAUGCUUGGAGUGAGUGGUCCAAGUGCAGUGUGACCUGUGGCCUCGGCGUGCAGACCAGACACGUCAGCUGUUCCGACUCUGGCUCCUGGCUAAGCUUCUGCUUGGAGACCAACCAGGGCAAGUCAGAGUCUCGGCCUUGCAAUGCUAUUCCCUGCAGUUCCAGUGAUCAGCUGUCUAAUCUAACUGGAUCAGUUGAUAAAGACCUCUGUGAGUGUCUUAACGGCGGAACGUGUCACCUGAAGCGGAGGACGUGCCACUGUCCUGCAGGAUUCGGAGGACGACAUUGUGAGAUACGCGAGUGCCCAGGACCCUGUCUGCACGGAGGAAUCUGCCACAACAGCGGGCAUUGUUCCUGUCCUCCGGAAUACACCGGAGAGACCUGUCAAACACCUGUAUGCAGACCACCCUGCAUGAACGGAGGGCAGUGCGUCAAGCCAGGCGUCUGCUCGUGUCCAUCCAACUCAAAUCAUCCUCGGUGUGCAACAGCGAUAUGCCCCGGAGGCUGUGAACCAGGCGGUGCCUGCGUGUCUCCUGGUGUCUGUCGCUGUGUUCCUGGCUUCCAUGGGUCGCUGUGCCAGGAUUCACUGUGUCCUCAAGGCUGCUACAAUGGAGGACAGUGCGUGACAGCUAACCAAUGUAACUGCACCGCUGGUUGGACCGGGACUGACUGCACAAUACCUGUGUGUGAACCCCCGUGCCAGAGAGGAGGUCGCUGUGUUGGGCCACAGACUUGUUUGUGUCCCUCGGCCACCCAUGGUCCUUCGUGUCAGAACUACACGUGUACCAGAGGCUGCUACAACGGAGGGGUGUGCGUGGGCCCCGACCUCUGUGAAUGUCCUGUGAACGCCACGGGGCCCACUUGUUCCCAGCCACUCUGUGACCCUCCCUGCGAGAACGGGGCUGCCUGUGGCCCUGGCAACACCUGCCUCUGUGGCCCCCAUACCACUGGCACUCGCUGUCAGACUCGGAACUGCGACUACAGAUUCGUGCAAGAGCCAUACACGAGGGGUUUCCGGAAGUUGGUGAAGAAGCGCGUGGAGACGAAAUGUGGAGUAAAAACUUGUUUCAGAACACUGGCGGAAUACCAUACCGUGUACAAGACCUUCUACCGCACUGUAUAUAAGUGCGCGGGUGACUAAUGUAGUUCUCAAGACAGGGGACUCUGCCGCCGAAAUCUGUAAAAGCUAACAGGACGAUUUUUGUUGAUAAACAGCUCCCCAGAUGGAUCUUCCAUUGGAACAAUCUGUAAAUGCUGAUAACAAUCAGCAGGAAACACUUUCUGUGUGGAAAAUACUCAUUGUCUUUAUUACCUAUAGUACAAAAAGGUAUCGUUUCCACAGAUUUACACGAUUAUUCUUUAAGACAAUUGUGAGCAUAGUUGAACACUGUUUUUACCAUAUUUUAGUGAUUUUAUUAGAUUGCU